UCCCACGUCCAAGGAGUUGGGAACAUAUAAUGAAGAACUGAAGGUGUGCAGGGAGCAGCUUCUUGCCAGAGAAGAAGAAAUUGCUCAGCUGAGAGCAGAGAGGAACAACACCAGGCUGCUGCUGGAACACCUGGAGCUCCUCGUUUCCCGGUAUGUACCAUCCCUCCGGAUGACGGCGGACAAGCAGCAGGCGCAGUCCCCAGCCGGCAUGAUCAGCGAGGUGGAGGUGCUCAGGGCGCUGAAGUUUCUAUUUGAGCACCACAAGGCCCUGGACGAGAAGUUGAGACAGCAGGCCCGCGUGCCGGCCACCGUGGCCCAGGCCUUCGAAAGAGACGAAGGCGUGUCUGACGGCGAGGGCGACGGGGUCACCCUCCUCAGCUCGGCUGUUCAGCUGCCGCCCAGUGGGCAGGCUGAUGCCAGGACUCUUCCUGCGAUUCUUCAGGAGAAGCUGGACGCCACCAACCAAGAGAUCCGGUGGAUCCAAGAAGAGGAGAACACCGAGCAGCGGGCCAAGGAGACUGAGAGCAGGGUGGGCAAGGCGAGCUCAGGCAGCCUUCGUCGUUUUAAAUCAGUGAGCUCCCUCGACCUGUAUUUUGCCUCCUCGCUUGCCAGCUCCUGCCCGCCCAGCAGUGUGCCCGCCACGCCCCGAAUGAGGCGUCGAAGGCCAGCGCGGAACAUAGACCGGCUGGGCUUCAUGCCUCUGGUAUGUGUCUGCCUCCUCCCUGCCACGUCCCUCCCCCAGCAUACUGGUUUUCUUUUUUUGUUUGUUUUUUGUUUUCUUGUCUUUUUACCCAGAAGAAAAUCAGGUACAUUUUCCACACUCAGAGGUCUAUGAUUUUUAAAACUGCCUAGUCUUUAAUCAUUCCGUAAUCGCACAGUGACCAGUUAGUCUUGAUAUUUGGACCACCGGCUUAGCUCGUCAUCAUGAGCUCAGCCAGAGCCUGCCUCUGUAACGCUGGGCCUGGCCUGUGCUGGGCGCAGCAGCUGCAGGAAAGUUUCUGUUCUCAGGGAGCAGACAACUUUGUGAAAGUUCUCAUGGCAGUUCUCAUGGCGUGUGAAAACCGUGCAGCACAUUUUCCACUGGGGAUGCCUGGCUGCACGGUGCAGGGCAUGCGGUGGGAAGAAAACCAAAAAUCUAAACUGGUCUGCUUGCUGAUGGACCUGGCCGCGCACUCAGGCCCGCUCUGCGUGUGAAACCAGGUUCAAAGCCCGGUGCCCCAGGGCCCCAGGGAAGAAGUCGGGCUUCCUCACUCUCCCGAGUCUGAAAACGGGAUGACGA